AGGAGGAGGAGAGAGAGGGAGAGGGAGAGGGAGAGAGAGGGGCUGGCUGUGGGGGGACUCGCUGAACCGGGGCAGAAAUGACAGCACAGGCCUCGCAUUGCACCCGGAGUAGUGUGAGAUGUCUUACUGUGAAAAUGUACAGGCACAGCCCUACUGAAACAGGACGAGCGAGUGUGCAUUAAUCUGCACCCUAAUUAAUGAGUUACAGCGACUCGUCAGAGGACAGCCCGCUCGGCAGGGAUAGAUCUCAGUAGCCAUGGAACCUGAGGCAAACUGUUACCGUGUGGAAUUCCCUGACUUCUCCUGUUCCGUUCUGCAGAAGCUCAACCAGCAGCGACAGCUGGGUCAGCUUUGUGACAUCACAGUGGUGAUACAGGGCCACCGUUUCAGAGCUCACAAGGCUGUCCUGGCUGCCAGCUCUCCUUACUUCUGCGACCAGGUGCUUCUGAAGAACAGCAUGCGGGUCGUUCUGCCGGACAUCAUGCACCCCGAUGUGUUCCAAAGCAUCCUCCAGUCCUGCUACACAGGGAAGCUGCUGCUGCCAGCUUCGGAAAUCGUGGGCUUCUUGACGGCAGCGAGCUUCCUCCAGAUGUGGCACGUGGUGGACAAGUGCACGGAGCUCCUGGAAGGGAACCCAGCGGCCCUCUGCCACAAAUCGUGCCACAGCAGCGACCACCGGUCUCCGAGCAGCAGCACCAGCGAGGGAUUUGACCCGGCCCCAGGGGUGCCAGCAGAACAGUGCAAAACCCCUGCAGCACGGUCUAGAGACGGGGAUCAUCAUAAAGAGGACAGCUUCUCGCCCCAGAUGAACGAGCGGGACCAUCCCCAGAGCAUCUCUCCUGCAGAGCAGGACCGGUUCAGCACAGAGAUGGGCAGUCAGGAUGGGGAGGAUGGGGCGAGCGCUGGGGCGGACUACCAGCACUCCAGGCCGCUCUAUAUCCAGCCCAGCAUCAUGUAUCACAAGCGGUGGAUCCAGGUGAAGGCAGAACAGUUCGCGCCAGAGGACUGCGACGCCUUGGCAGCUACGCCCAUGACCGAAGAACCUCAAGCGUUGGACUCCGAGCUCACGAAUCAAACCGAAUACCAGCCCUCAAACACUGGCAGCUGUAAUAUCGAAGCUGGCGAGGCAGCGGAAAACUUUGACAAGAGCCAGGAGGGCCGACAAGCCUACGAUGAGCAGCUGGACUUCUAUGGGGCAUCCAUGGAGGAGUUUUCCAAUGACAGGGUUGAGGGAGCCCUCGGCAGUCCCGAAGAGGACUCCCUGAAGGUGCAAGGGAGUGAGGAAAGCACGGAACUGCCCUCCGGCAUCCAGGAGGAGACCUCUCAUUCCGGCUUCACGGCAGUGGUUUAUAAGCUGUACCCCUGCCAGUGUGGCAAAAGCUUCACGCACAAAAGCCAGCGGGACAGGCACAUGAGCAUGCACUUGGGGCUCCGGCCUUACGGCUGCGCAGUCUGUGGGAAGAAGUUUAAAAUGAAACACCACCUUGUGGGUCACAUGAAAAUACACACAGGGAUCAAACCCUAUGAGUGCCACAUCUGUGGGAAGAGGUUCAUGUGGAGAGACAGUUUUCACCGGCAUGUGUCGUCCUGCACCAAGGCUUACCAGGCAAAGAAAGCAGAGCAGACAGCAGACAUCUGCUGACAGAGAGCAAGGGGACUGGGGUCCAAGCGCACUUAGAAAUACGUAAAGGCAGCACAGACAGGGAAUGGAGAACAAAUGUGUGUUUUAUUUGUUUUUAAGUGAUGUUUAAAUUGCAUUGUAUGCAUUUUUGGGAAAGAAGGAAUUUAAAGUCAUGGAAUUCUUUUAAAGUGGCAAUCAAUUAAAACCUUUUUUUUUUUUUUUUACUUGCACUGUAACUUGUACUGGGGCAAAAUGACAAAUCUCAUUAAUAGGGCUUCUGCUUCCCUGCAUUCCCUGGGUAUUGGUGACAGUAAGGGUUCCUAUACAUAUGUUACAUACAAACUCCUUCUUCCAGUUGGGAGGUUGGGAAUGAGUCUGCUCAUGUUCCGUAUUAAAUAGGGCUGCAACAAAGGGUACAUUUUGACCUUUGAAGGUUGGGAACUCAUUACCGAAGGCACGUUCAAACUUUCUAUGGUACUAAUUUGCAUAAUUUACUGGUGAUGUCACCGUAGCUACUAGUUUAUGAUUGAUUGAACAUCCUAUUAUUUUACAGGUAAGCCACAUAAAUGGAAUGAAUCAUUCACAUGUAGUAUACGUUAUAUGGAUGUCUUUAUAUUUUAAAUAAAAAUACACAUUGCUGCUGGUUGGGAUAUAUACAGUAAGCUUGCAUUGAGCAGCAACAACUGCAGUGAACUUACGCAAAACAAAGCUUUAUUUAUUUUACUACUAAAAAUAAUUUAACGGAAAAAAAAAAUCCCCAACAGCAGAGGGGUUUCGAGACAUUUCUUUCAGUACAGCUUCCAUAUACACACCUCGUUGCUGUCGAGAUGGCGAAUGAAAGGUUUGCUUCUGGAUAACACGAGGGCAGGGGCGGACGACUGUCAGUUUUCAAAAUUAAAAUUAGUAGUGUUAGUGUAUAUUUUAUAUGUUUCAAACAUAUUCUACCAUAGCACU